AUGGUGAACUCAAUAACUAGCAGAAUUCACUCCUGGCAUGCAAAAUUUCUCUCUAAAGGGGGUGAAAUAGUUCUAAUCAAACAUGUGCUUUCAGCCAUGCCUGUGCACUUACUGGCAGCAAUGAAACCUCCAAAGGGAACCUUUGAACAGAUAAAAGGUGCUAUGAUAAGAUUUCUAUGGAGUGAUAAGGAAUCCAUGAGAAAAUACCAUUGGACUAAUUGGGAGUCCAUGUGCCUACCUGGUGAAAAAGGAGGGGUGGGACUGAGAUGUGUGAGAGAUGUCAGCAAUACAUUCACUGCCAAACAAUGGUGGAACCUGAGAACUAAGGACUCCCUAUGGAAGGAGUAUAUGAUGGCAAAAAUAUUGUUCAACAAGGAAUCCAAUCAUCAGGAAAGUUAUAGGGGUUCAAUCCCAGACCUGGAGGUCAAUGUGCAAGAGGAGGUGAUUCCAAACAACAGUCUGCUGAAUGAGGUGCAUAUUAAUGGUAACUGGCUGUGGAAUAGGUCAGGGUACAGAGUUCCCUUUGCAGUGAGAAUGGCAAUCCAGAACAUCACUAUAAACUUUACUCUUACAAAGAGGGACAAAGCAAUUUGGAUGCCCAAUACAGAAGGGAACUUUACCAUUUCUUCUGCUUGGAAUUUGCUGAGAAAAAGGGCAGCAGGAGACUAG